CAGUCACGUGGGGUGGCGGUGACGCCAGUGGCUCUUGUCGGGUUCGAGCGCCGGGGGCUUUGAGGUGGAGAGGCCGUUAACUCCCCCCAAACCCGCUACCGUCUAGUCAGUCGGACUUCAAGCCCCGCCGUGGCAGGGGUUAUGUGCCUCAAUGAAUACGCGAAGACGCCACGGUCCCUCCAGUACUGAGCAGGGAGUCUACCUUGGGCCAACGCAGACGCAAGUCCUCACCUCCAAGUCUUUCCCUUCAGCCCCCGCCUCUUCUGGCCCAGCCCCCGCCUUUCUAGAAGACAUCAUGUCAUGCCGCGAUCGCACGCAGGAGUUCUUUGCUGCUUGCAAGUCGAUGCAGAACAGACAGAAUGGACUGCAGGUUAACAAGCCGCUCCUCAACGCCGUACGCCAGCGGAGCGAAUUCACCGUCAUGGCCAAACGGAUCGGCAAAGAUUUGAGUAACACGUUCUCCAAACUGGAAAAGCUGACCAUACUGGCGAAGCGGAAAUCCUUGUUUGAUGACAAAGCUGUUGAAAUCGAGGAGUUGACGUACAUCAUCAAACAGGAUAUAAACAGCCUGAACAAGCAGAUCGCACAACUGCAAGACUUCGUCAGAGCCAAGGAGAGCCAGAAUGGUCGACACCUACAGACGCAUUCCAAUACCAUUGUGGUCUCGCUGCAGUCCCGGCUGGCUUCCAUGUCGAACGAUUUUAAGUCGGUUCUUGAAGUGAGGACAGAGAAUCUCAAAAUGCAGAGGAACAGGAGAGAGCAGUUCUCACAUGCCACAGUAUCGAGCCUUCCACCAUCAGCUGCAAAUGGUUACGGAGGAUCAGUGUUGCUGCAAGAUGACGCGCGCAGAGCAGGAGAUGUCGCCAUUGACAUGGACGCCAAGGCCAGCCAGCAGCUUCAGCUCAUCGACGAGCAGGACUCCUACAUCCAGAGCAGAGCGGACACAAUGCAAAACAUUGAAGCCACCAUCGUGGAACUGGGCUCCAUAUUCCAGCAGCUUGCACACAUGGUCAAGGAGCAAGAGGAGACCAUACAGAGGAUCGACGCCAACGUCGAGGACACACAGCUGAAUGUGGAGGCGGCCCACUCGGAGAUCCUGAAGUACUUCCAGUCCGUCACCUCCAACCGCUGGCUGAUGAUCAAGAUCUUCCUCAUCCUUGCUGUGUUCUUCAUCGUCUUUGUGGUGUUCCUGGCCUAGAACCGAACCAACCCCCUCUCUCCCCCACCCAACUCACCCCCAGCCUAUCCACUGACCCCCCCUCCUCCCCCCACACCCAAGAGUGCUCUCUUUCUGCACGGACUUUGGCAUUGAAGGCCGGAGAAAGGCAAGCGGCAGCAGAGUUGGACCAAACACUUUCCCCUCUGACCAGAGUUCGAAGGUGGCCGUUGCUGCCAAGUGCAGUGCUGUUCUUCGCAGGAUUUUGUCGAUCUCCACCGAAAACAGGACCCCCCCCCACCGCCCCAAACACAAUCUGCAGCCAACUGGAGCGAAAGGAGAAAAGUCCAGAACUGUACAGCAGGGCCGGCCUCUGGACCUCCGAAAAAGGGGCACUUAACUGUUGGCUCUCGGCAACUCCCCCCCACCUCCCUCUGUGGGACACAUUGACCUUCCCUCUUCCUCCCUGCGACACUGCUGCUGCUGUGCAACUGCAGCGUUUUCUUCACCCUCCUCUACCUUGUCCUGCCAGGUCAGUGGUCUGCAAAAAAAACCCAGGGAGUUACCGGAGCGGAACUGUUUCCAGCCAAGAAAAUGGACUUGGCCCACCCUUCAAAAACAGAGACCGUUCACGCCCGCAGGCCAGCUCUUCACCUAGACUCCCCACUCACCCCACCCCCAUCCCCCCCCUUCGUCUGUCUCCCACCAGCCGCUGACCCUGCUUUUAAAUCGAAACGUGACACUGCUCGGGUUGCCGCGAGGUUCAACUGUUGACCGUCGAUGAGGCUACUUAGCAAGCAACCCGACGUGAAUGCGGACCAGUCUGCGUCGUCUCAGGAGUUGGAAGGUGUUUGCGACCCUCCCCCCUCCUCCUCCUCCUCCUCCUCCACUCCGCGAGGCCUCCGUCAACGUGGGAAGACUGGACUCUAUCGUAACUUGGGCUGGGGAUUUAGAAUCUGCUGAGGCCUGUGGUUGGAACGUGCUGCUUUGCUCGCUCUCUCCCCGCAUGUGAACUUUGAGCUGUCCCCUCAAUGCCUUUUUUCUCCCCUCCUUUUCCCUCCCUGCAUCCCCCCACCGUCAACACACACCCAAAAAAACGGUCGAGAGCUCUUUUCUCAAUUUCUUCCUCCCCAACUUGCAUCGCAUCCCCCUUGAAGGCGCCGGGAUGCGCUGGGCAUCGAUCGGAUGGGCAGCUCGCUUGUCGUCUCACCCGUGUUCCUGCACGCGGGAGCCCAGAAGGAGGCAGACUUAACUCUCCCACCCUGGAGGGCUUUGCAGAGCAGCCCAAUCCUGGUUCGUGCCACCCAGGUCUGGCCUGUGAGCUGUGGCAGGGUG